GCAGACUGCACUACAUAGGUCAGCCUGCGCCAUGGAAAGUGGAAGCUAUCAUCCCAGCGCUGGAUUGAAGAUUCUGAAGUGCCCGCUUUGAGUUUGAAAGAUUCAGCGUUUGUUCAGGACCUCACACGAGCUGCAAGACCAAGACCCUAGUCGUAAAACUGCUGCGGCUCACUCGCUAGGCAGAUAUUUCAAGCGUUUUUCAGAUUAGCGAAAGCCACAUUAUCCAACAGACUCUAUCAGACUCCAAGGCACAUCAACUUGUGUCAUCCGGUUGCACCGGCUCUUUCUGACAGAAAGUUACCGAACCACCUCGCACUCCUAGUCAGAUGAAGCUUGUCAUGUGCUGGGUAGCAGCGACAUUGUUUCUGGUACAGUCAAUGACGUGUCGCGCUCUGAGCGAACCAGAUGCAGCCAGCAGGUGGCUCUCAAGAGGACGUCCGAGGGUGCUAGUCUCCGCAGAUGCUAAUGGCACUAGUGCUCUCUGCAACCCCCCUUGCUUGAAUGGGGGAGUUGGGGCGUUGAUUGCAAAUGGAACCUGCACUUGCACGUGCCCCGCACCUGACAUCAAUGCGGUAGGGAGCUCGUUCUACACUGGCCUUCAGUGCGAAACGCCGGCGGUUUUGUGCGACUCGACGGGCUAUUACUGCGCCAAUGGGGGCCAGUGCCCUGCCACGUGGCAGCCGGGAGGGGCCUGCACGUGCCCGGACCCCUUCUACGGACCGCAGUGCCAAUUCGUCGGAGUGCAGUGCGGCACUGUCUCGUGCCAAAACGGUGGGAGAUGCGGCGCUGACGUCAACAAUCAGCCGACGUGCGUGUGCCUCGCUGGCUAUACCGGUUCCGACUGCUCCGAGUUCAACGUCACUUCGUACUUUUCCGCCGUCCGCAGCAACUACAACGGAACCGGACCCAUGUACAGGCGUCAUCGUCACCAUACGCACUGGUACUACAUCUUCAUCGGCGUUGUCGGAGGCUGCGCGCUGUGCUGCGUCCUGUUCGUUGCCACGUGUCUCAUCUUGCGGCGGCGGGCGGCCGCGCGCGUGCCCAAGUCGAUGAAGCGCGAGUCGCUUGCAAAUCAAGACACCGCAGUACAGAUGUCACCUCACCACUUCGCACCUGCAAACGGAGUCUGAAAGAACUGUGACCAUAUAUUACCAUCUCGAUCGAAGUUGCACAAGUGAGCUAUGCGCACAAAGACCUAGCUUCCUGUAAAUUCUUGAGUCUUUGGGCUGCAUUUGGUAAUUUCUUGGAAAUCCGUGCGGCUACUAGCUCCUUUGUCGGCGGAUAUAUCGCUAGUAAGGGAGAAAUUUCAAGGCAUCAAAGAUAGCGUAUGAUGACUUCUUGGUAUAACUGGCAUGACCGGUUUCAGAUGCAUAUUGCAGUCAAGCAAACACUAAAUGUGGCCCAAGUGGCACCAUCCAUGUACAGGCGCCUUGUGUGUAAAGAAUAUCAACCUGGACGGUA